AUCAAGUUGUGCCACGGGGUAUAUAAAUUCUACAGACCCAGUACCUCUCACACUGACACAGAAGCUACUAUCUCCAGUGUUUGGGACCAAGACAGGACCAUGAUGAGAAAUAUGCUUAGUCUGACCUUGGUGGUGGCUGCGUGUUCGUGGUAUGCGUUGGCUGAUGUCCCCAUUCAGCCAGACUUCAAGGAGGACAAAGUAAGUAGGAGGCACAUGUACAAUGUUAAAGUUUUAUAUACACAGUCUGACAUACUCAGAGUAAUUCACUAAAGUGAGGAAUAAAAGUGAUUUUCAGAUUUAAGAUCAAAAUAGCAAAAAGUUCUCUAAGUCAGUUAUGCUGUCGGUUCAAAUAUUCUGGCUUUAAAUAUGACACUUAAAUCGAAUUUACUUUGAAUUCUCACUUUAGUUAAUAACCCAGACAGACAGAUAGACAUGUACAAUAUCGGUUGGUGGGGGGUACUUGCAGCUGACUAUAUGUCUUAGAGUAGAAAGUUACAGUACACCCAGAUGCUCUGCAUCGAUCAUUAAUCGAUCAUUAAUUCAUGGUGCAUAAGAUUGUGUGAUAUCGAUCAGGGAAAAUGACAAAAUAAAUAAAACUCAGAAAUCAGCAUUGGAACGAGUCUCUAAACGGCUUGGCAUAUGGUGAGGGCAGAAUUGGUAGAAUGUGGACUGAAACUCACAUUUAGAGUAACAACGCACACAAUCUAGUCUUAAUCCAUACUGAUUCAAUGUUUUAUUUCAUUAUGUUUUCAUAUUUCAACAUUGUGCAUAAAAUAAAGUGAAAAAUACAAAUUUUAUAUGUAUACAUCUGAUAAAUCGUUUAUCUAGAAAAAUGACAAAAAAACUAAAACUAUUAAAUCCAGGAAUAGAUUUAUUAAAAGUAUGAGCAGGUGCAGCAACCUCAGACGUAAUUUCUUAAAUUUGCUUAAAAUUUCUGGAUCCAUCCAGCAAAUAAACAACUGUCUGAAGAGCUAACAAUUCAAAUGGAGAAGAUUAAAAUGUAGCCACGGAAUAUAAGCAGAACAAAUAAAUGUCACUGAGUAACCCAAUUCUGUUAUGUUCCUGAAGAGAUGGAUUAAACUUUUUGUGUGCCAGAAGACUUUAAGAAAUCUUGCCCUACACUCCGGCACACACAGGUUUUAUUCUAGAAGCAAAGUUUAGUGGCCACUUGACUUCACAUGGAAGCCUACAGGCCACGAGCUGUUAAGUUGCUGAUGCUAAGUUCCCCUCAGUAAAUACCAGCAGGUUCAUCUCAGGGGUGAAUGGCCCCCAAGGGGGUUAAAUGAGCCAGGUAGGUAGUAGAGUGACCAUCACUGUUUUUGUUUUCAGAUUACAGGAAAAUGGUACAGCUUUGGAAUAGCUUCCAAUUCCAACUGCUUCCAAGCCAAGAGGGGUCACAUGAAGAUGUGCACCACCAUGAUAACACCCACUGCUGAUGGGAACCUCAAGGUCGCUGCUACAUAUCCCAAGUACGUACACCAUGUACCAAAAUGUGGACAAAUGGGAGAUCCAGGGGGAUCCAAUAUUUAUACUGAAUUAAAGGAGACGUGUCACUGUUUAGGUUUUUUUAUAUUAAGCUUACUGAUAUUUACCAAAUAUGUUUUUGUUAGGUAUGAAAAGUAAAAUUAAUUGUAGAAAUACACACCUAUCUAUGCAGCAACUGUCAGUCAUUGUUAUAAGCAGUGGCGUACGUAACACAGUCGCAGGGAUCGCAGCUGUGACUGAGCCUGUAGCUCCAAGGGGCCCAGCCGCAGCUGCGUUUCUGGGCCACCAUCACUUCAGGGCUGGUGCACAGCUGCACUGGCCCAGGCUCAUGGAUAGAGGGUGACUGGCAGGAGAGGAGCCCACAGCACAGCGCUCCCUUCCUGCCGGUCAAAGCAUGUAGAGUGGCUGAACGGACUGCGAGUAGAGGAGCUUCUGUUUCCCUCUACCCGGUCUGACUGGAAGUGCUCACAGAGAGUACUUCCACCAAAGUCCGCUUGGCCACACUACAUAGACAGCAGAGAGCAGGUACAGAGGAGAAUGGGGGAGAGACACAUGGAAAGGAUGGGGGGGGAAGGGAGUUGGGCAGGGGAAUGACACAUGGAGGCAUGGGGGAGGGGUUGAGACACAUGAAAGGGACACAGGGGGAACUGAGACACAUGUGGAGGGGAUUUACACAUGAAAGGGACUGGGGCUUAAUUGAGACACAUGGAAUGGACACAGGUGGAAAUGAAACACAUGCAAUUGAGACACAUGGUGGGGAAAUUUACACAUGAAAAGGACUGGAGGGCCAAUUGAGACACCUGGAAGGUAUUGGGGGAGGGGGGAUUUAAACACAUAGUAGGGACUGGGGGAGGACAUGGAAGGGAUCGGUGGGGGGAUAAGCACAUGGAAGUGACAGGGGAAUUAAGACACUGAAAGGGACUGUGGGGACUGACACGUGGAAGGUCCGAGCAUGGGGAUUGAGACAAAUGGAAGGGGAAGGGGGGAACUGAGACACAUGGAAGGGACUGGGUGGGUUUAAACGUGGAAGGAACUGGGGGGGGGGGGAUUAAGAUAUAUGGAUGUAAACUGGGGGUCUGGAUAUGGAAGGGACCAGGGGGGCAUUGAGACACAUGGAAGGAUUUGGGGGAGUGAAACUGACACAUGGAAGGGACUGAGAGAGGAAAUUGAGACACACAGAAGGGGGGGACGAGACACAUGGAGGGGCUAGGUUGGGAUGAGACCUAUGAGGGGAGGGAGGGCAUGGUAUUCUGCACCGGGGCCUGCUGGUUUCUAGUUACGCCUCUGGUUAUAAGCUCUGUUUUGUACACCUGGCAGUCAGCAUAGAGAGAGCAUAUAGAGAGAAGGAGAAAAUGAAUAUUGUUUCUAUGUCUGCUUCUCAUUUGCAAUGUGUGCCGUGACUAUACCCUGUAUGAACUGGAUUAUUAUGUCAUCUGUUAAAUCGAUAAUAUCAAUUUAACAUGACAAAUCUUCUCGUAGAAAGAGAAACACAAGUUAUAGAUUAAUUUCAAUGUUUUAUUUAAUGGUUGAAAUUGUAGAGAAUGGACAGUCCUGCGUUAAAACCAGUCCGAUAUGGAUACUCCUAGGAAGGAAGUACUAAGGGAGUAUUGA